AUGAUGUUUGCUGUUCUACUUUCCGUCUUUUCUUCACUGAUUUCUGAACUCUGUUCUUUCUUUCUUUUUUCCCUUCUCUUGCAUUUCCAGUUGGACUUUGUUUUUUAUUUCUUCUUCUUCUUCUUUAUUCCUCCUCCUUUAUCAUCAUCUAUCCUUUAUUGCUCCUAUUUUUUCUCUGGAUCACCUUUCCUUAUUAUUUCUUCCUCUUUCUUUCUUCCAAUUUACAUUAGAUUUUCUUUUUUUUCCUCUUUUCUUAGUUUGUUAUUUGUGUCAAAUCUGUUAUUUUUCUUUUCAUUUUUUUUAUUCUCUUGUUCAGUUCUUUUAUUUCUUAUGGCUUUUUCUUCUGGUUUUGAAUUUCCUAAGCUCUUUCCUUUUAUUGCUAAUUGUUUUAUUCCAUAUUUUUAUAAUUUUUCUUUUAUAUUCUUUCCUUAUUUUAUUUUUAAUUUCUUUUUUCCUUUCUUUCAUUUUUCUAUUUUUCUCUAUCAACCAUUUCAAAUAUUUUCCUUCUUUUCUUUUUUAUUCUUCCUUUCUUUUUUACCAAAGUCUUCUUUCCUUUCUUUUACAUUUUUCAUUUCUGUUUUGUAUUUGUUUCUUGCUAUCAUUUCUUCUUCACUCAAACAUCAACCCUGA